UCUAGCUACGCAAGUACGUCGAAGAGACACGCGCAAUGAUAACCGGAAGCAUCGAUAGGGUGAGACUAUAAUUCGAUGAAAUUCACUGUAUUUCGUAAAUGCAAAGCUUUCCCUGUCUUCCUUUAUCACGAAAGUUAGCUCGAUAAAAUACAGACCUCUCGACGUGGCGGUGGAGGAAAUGCUGUGGAGAAGGCAGUUCCUUUUUUCGACGAAGUUACUCGGUGGGGUUUGAGCUGACGUGGGGAGAAGUUCGAGAUGCCAGAAAAGAGCAGAUAAACAAACAGCCAGCGGAUUAAUCAACUGAGUGACUGUCCGAACGGGGGCUAAGCAGGGGACACAGGGGAAAUAUCAACGAGACCAAUUCGUCGCUAGAGUUUUGGACCCAAGAAUGUCUCAAAUAAUUUUCUAACGUUGUUGUUUAUCCCCAUGCCAAGUGCCAGCAGUGGCACAAAGAAGAAAAAUACCACGCGAGGAGAGAAUUUUUUUCCCAAUGUGUUCCUGUCCAGCUUGUCAAGAUAGAACACUUCUGUCAAUAUGAAACUUGACAUGAUUUGACUGUAUGCUUCACCAGUUACAAACUAAAUAGCUUGCUAUAUCCCAUUGAAAACAGUACAAGAUAGUACAAACACUGCGUGGAUCUAGAAGUGGGAUAGCCAUGGCCCACCAUUCGACGCCCAGUUCCCAGAAGGCCCUGAUGAUGGAGCUGAAGUCCCUGCAGGAGCAGCCAGUGGAGGGCUUCCGCAUCGGCCUGGUGGAGGAGUCGGACCUUUACAACUGGGAGGUGGCCAUCUUUGGCCCCCCCAACACACUGUACGAGGGAGGCUAUUUUAAGUCUCACAUCAAGUUCCCCAUCGACUACCCCUACUCCCCUCCGACCUUCCGUUUUCUCACCAAGAUGUGGCAUCCCAACAUCUACGAGAACGGUGACGUGUGCAUCUCCAUCCUCCACCCUCCCAUUGAUGACCCCCAGAGCGGGGAGCUCGCCUCAGAGAGGUGGAACCCCACCCAGAACAUCAGGACCAUCUUGUUGAGUGUGAUCUCUCUGCUGAACGAGCCCAACACAUUUUCACCGGCCAACGUGGACGCCUCCGUUAUGUUCCGCAAGUGGAGGGACAGCAAGGGCAAGGACAAAGAAUACGCUGAAAUUAUCAGGAAGCAGGUGGUGUCCACGGUGGCAGAGGCGGAGCGCGACGGUGUCAAGGUUCCCACUACGCUGGCUGAGUACUGCGUUCAGACCCGGGUUCCCUCCCAAGACAGCAGCUCAGACCUGCUCUACGAUGACCUCUAUGACGAUGAUAUGGAGGAGGAGGAAGAGGAGGAUGAAGAUGAGGAGAGCGACAUGGAGUCAGGAGGAGAGGCAGGGGGGACCAGUGGAGGAGAAGGAGGGGUCACUACUGGCUGCUAUGACGACGACCAGGAGGAUUCUGGAAACGAGGACUCUUGAUGAUGAUGAUGAACGACCCACUCCCUGCCACAUCCGAUCCUAGCUCCCUCCUGAUCCCGUUAAGCCUGGAUCAUCACCUAAAACAAAUACUUUUACGUCUGGUACAUUGAUAGUAAAUUAAUAACUGGACAAAUUAGUGGAUUCCAAAUACAGGCGUGGUCGACCGCAAAAUAAAACAAAAAUAUCUCCAAAUAUAAUUUGUCUAGUUGAGAGCAGUCGGAAAUGUCUUAAUUUGUCCUUUUGAUAUUUGACUUGACCGCACGUUUUAUCAUGUCACUAGACGCAUUUGCUUUAAGUAUGUUCCGGGCUUAAGUCUUUAAUUUUCUAACCAAAUUCUCAGAACCCAGACACCUCUUGGCCCCUUCACACCCUGGUAGUCUUUCAUAUUCAAGUGUAAGCUGGUUGGCUUUCUGUCUGGAUGGCUGAAAUUUUGUAUUUUUGUUAGCCUGGCAGGCUGUGUUGCUCAGUCAAUGUGCCCCUCUUUCUGUCUCUGGCUUGUCUCACCCUCGUUGUCAGCCUCAGUCGUUAUGUCUGUUUGACAAACACACAAAUCUACAGACAAACUGCCCUGACUGAUCCCACUUUCACCCCACACCUCCUUUUACCUCUGACCUCUCCAGAGCUGGGGUGUGUUCAUUAGGAACCAAACGGCAGAAAACAGACAAACUGGGAAGGACUACCACUCGUUCUUGUUUUCCGUUGCAAAACAGUUUGCUACGGUGUUCCCUAAUGAGUACGACCCUGUAUAGGGCACUAGGAGGAAGUGCUGUCUCGGACAUGGAACCAAAGGAGUUCAUUCUCCUCUCCCGCCCUCCCUCUCCAUCCAUCCUUUCCCUGCCUCCAAACCUCAGGGCCUCCAUAGACUCUCACUGGGAGAAAACCAGGGAUGUAGUGGAGGACAAAUGCACCUUAACACCGUCUACGCAACUAUAUGUUAUGAAAAGUGUUCCUGCGCCUAUUACGCUAAAUUAGCGUUGUUAGCGUCCGCAUCAUUCAUUCAUUCAUUCAUUCAGCGUUUACCCACCUUAUUUCUUUACUACUGCAUCCCUGGAGAGAGCUCACACUCAAACUGCUCCUCAGCUUGAGCUUGGUAUUGUUUUAAUGGGUGUGUUUUUAGAGGGAACUUCAGAUCUCCAACACCAUCGGUCCCCAUGUCUCCUACCUUUUUCCCCUCCAACCUCUUUGUGAGUUAGAGUAGGUUGGUGGGAGGAGCUAUAGGAGGAUGGGCUCAUUGUUAUUGCUGCAAUGGGAUAAAUGGACCAGAUUCAAACAUGUGGCUUCCAUAUGUUUGAUGUGUUUGGAGAAGCUAUAGAGCCCGUCCUCUAUAGCUUCUCCCACAAGCCUCCUCUGGAUUCAGUGUGUUUUUUUGUUUUUUUUUCUCAUCGCCACCCAUUUCUGUGUGUUGCCCUCUUCCAUUGGCCAUGCUUCACAAAACUACACCAGAAAAGGCUUCUCAUCAUACAUGCUUGAUAUGCUUUCUUGGAAUUGGCGCAAACUCCUGGAAUUCUAGUAAGCAAGCCAGUUAGGUGGUCAAAAUGGAAAGUGAAGUUAAAUGAGUGGGAUUCUGUAUUUUAAUCAACUAUUUACACAUGCCAAGAGGCAUUAGCCAUUGUUUGUUAGUUAGCACAUAUAGCUAAAAGAGCACAUUUAGUUGUCCUCAACAUUUAUCAGCUAAGCUAUGACUUGAGCAUAUGCCACAUUGGUGAUUCAGAGCUACAUGGGCACUAUUGCAUUUUGUGUGUGAAAAAGGAUGUUUCUUGAAACUCUGCUGCAAAUACUUUGGCUAAAGAACAGCAUAGGCCCUAAGUAGUAAUGCUGAAGUUGUGUAAGUGGGGCAAAGUCACAGUCAGGCCAACCCAUCAACUGUGCUCAUUAGGCCUGCAGUUUUCACAUGGGUGCGUGUGUGUUUUACCAUUACCUGUUUAAAGGAACACAGGACCUGUUACACCUUUCACUCACAUGGAGGUGCUGGCCUGGAUUGUAUGCCAAGGAGAUUACGUUUCAUCACCGCUUCCAGUGACGCUACAAUCAAUCAGUUAUAGAUAGGUGUGGAGUAUUCAUUUUCUGUUUGUAAGAGGGAGAGACUUGACUAUUCAGUCUGAGGAAGACUAACAGAAUCAAAAUGAGAACUUACCUCCUACCUUGCUCUGUUGAACUGGGGCUGGCGUCAAGUCAAAAAUGAGUUGACCGAUGGAUCACAUGGAUUGUUCUUCUCCUCAGCCACUGGCUGUUCAGGGAUGUGAUGUCAAUGACCUGGGUGAGCCAUGUCUCAAUACUCUAAAAUGACUUCCUCUCUUCACCCCCUUUUCUUCAUGAUCACUGAUCGGUGAAAGGAGUGGAUACAUUUCCACCAUAUUGCUUUUUCCCCCCCAACCUGCCAUGUUCUUUCAGAUCUGUGGUAAUAAAGAGGGCAAGGAGAAGAGGGAAGGAAGCCAUUGAAGAGUGCUGAGAUGCAGCCGGGGGUACUGUCUCAUGCUCACUGACAUUUUGCCUUGUGUGUAUUAACUAGUAGGAGACUGUUGGAACAGUGUUUACCUGGUUGAAAUGACACUCGACUAGAAGGACCACAUGCUAAGCUGUCAGACUCAGUGUUAAAAAGGUGGAGAGCAGUGGACAAUUGUUCUCAUGUAUUGUGUGGGUAAGUGUGUGUGGUGAUUUUAUUUGAUUAUUUUUUAAAGGAGAUUUUCCCUCUGAGGCUGAAAAUGGUCUCAUUUGGACAAAAAUCAACUGUCACAGCCAGUGAUGUGGACAAUGCAGUCCUCCUUUUUAAUUUCAUUUUCUCUACCUUGUGUUGAGGAUGCAAAUGUCACCUAUAAAAUGUUGAAUGGACAGGAUUGUCUGAAAUGUCUUCAAAUGUUCAUUUAUUAUCUGUUGUGAAUGAUGACAUUUGUUUCCUAGAAAGCAUCAGCUGCUGUACUUUGACAUGGAAAAACUGGGAAUGACAAAUUGUUUUUCAAAGCAGGUAGUAACCGUUGUAAAGACUGGGCCCUGUUUGAGUAGUUUUCAAAUGAGUCUUUCCUUGAACCAUUACUGAAUCAUCACGAUUGUGUAGGUGAAAACCGGGGUUACACUACAUACUAAAACACUGAUCUGACAUGAGAUUGUAUCCUCAUCUUGAAAGUAUCCAAACACUGCCCCAGUUUCUCACUGAAUUUACCACAACUGUGCAACACAAUUCUCCUGCCCUUUUUAAUAAAAUUCCUAAUUAAAAUGGUAUGAACCAUUGGGCUAUGCAAUUAUGGAAAUUAAGCUUGAAGAGGGAAAGUGUAGGACAAUUAAAUAAGUUUAAACUCCAACUUUUGUCCAACUUUCAAAGGACACACAGUUUAACUGAAAAUUAAUUUAAGGUGAAAUCAACCAUGUCCUUUUGCAGUGUAGAGAACUGGCUCACUGCUCUUGGCUCUUCUCAAAUACGUUUACCACAGGAGUGCACAUGUCCCCAAUGGAUGUAAAGACCUGCUCAUUUUAAUUUAAAUAUGAAUCAAGAUUAAUUAUUGUCAAAAGUACAUUCAUCUGAUUUCGCAAGCAUGAAAUGAGCCACCGGCUGAAUGAUACCCUGGCUGGCCUGAGACUUAACUGGUGCACCUCCUGUGAAAUACAACUUUUUGUCUCCACCUAGUGUUGAUAUUUGUUGCAGGAGCACAUCUUGCUGACAGUGGAGUUGGGAUUUAGACACUACUGUGUGAUAGUUAAUUGGAUAAGGUUAAUUGGAUACUGCUGACAUUGAGAUCAUAAACCUAAAUCACCAUUUUACUGUGUAUUUUUAAUAAAUAUCUCAGGAGUAAAGCUGGAAUAUUGGAGUCACACAAGUUAUGUAAUAAAGGUCAAUUUUGAAGA